ACUUCAUGCGAGAUGGUGUAAAAUUUCUUUCGAUUUGUGGAGAUACUAUCGAGACAUUUUUUAGCGGAUAUAAUAUCAUAGUGUUACAUAACUUAAAUAUCAGGAAACCGAAUUUCGUCUUUGCUAAUUAGCACCUAGUUUUCCAUGGAUUAUUUGAUCCUUAGAAGGCGGAUAUAUACUUUGGUUAGGAAUUCUCCCGCAAGCAGUGAAUUGCGGUAGUGAAUAUUCCUCUUCAAACACUACGUCUCAAGUUCAAACCUUUGCCUUUAUGUAGCUUUAGAGUAGUAAUAUGCUCGUAAUUGGAAAAACCUAGAUAAAACUGAAACGAAAACGAAGGCUCGCAGAGUUGGAGUCGGCCCAAAACACCCGGCCUAAACGUACCCAAAUCGCGCCUUUAUAAAUUAUGUUAAUACAGCGCGGGGCGGCGCGCAAACGAGAGGGCUAGGGUUUUGUGGAACGUUGAAUCGCCUCCUCCGCUAUCACCUGGACUCCUCUCGAGCUUUCGAUCAUGGCGGAACAGACUGAGAAGGCGUUUCUGAAGCAGCCCAAAGUGUUCAUCAGCUCUAAGAAAUCUGGGAAGGGGAAGAGACCCGGAAAGGGCGGUAACCGGUUCUGGAAGAGCGUUGGGCUCGGUUUCAAGACCCCCAGGGAUGCCAUUGAAGGGACUUACAUUGAUAAGAAAUGCCCGUUCACUGGAAAUGUUUCAAUCAGGGGCCGUAUCUUAGCUGGAACUUGCCAUAGUGCUAAGAUGAAUAAAACAAUCAUUGUUCGAAGAAAUUAUCUACAUUAUAUCAAAAAGUAUCAAAGAUAUGAGAAACGACAUUCCAACAUACCCGCCCACGCAUCUCCAUGCUUCCGUGUGAAGGAAGGAGAUCACGUUACCAUCGGCCAGUGCAGGCCAUUGUCCAAGACUAAGAGGUUCAACGUCUUGAAGGUGACACCUACCGGAUCUUCCGGCACUGGCAAGAAGGCUUUUGCUGGAAUUUGAAUUUUUUUUCUUUUAGGAACUUCGAGUUGCGUUAUAGGCCGGCGCUGUAGGCAUUUUGGGUUUUGCUCAAGAUGAUUAUGUUAGAGAAUUGAGGAGAUUAGUGACUUACCCCUGUUUUUUUACUCCAGUUUUCGGUGUACUGGUUAAGUUUUGUUGUUUUCAUGAUCUUCAUGGUUCUGAGAAUAGGAUUACUUUCCAUUUUGUUUCAA